CCAAACCGACCCAAAUUUCUCCAAACAAAUUUCUAGCCACGUCAGUACUCUAUUUCCGUCCUUCCUUUCCCCGCCACGCAUUCCGAAUUCCUAAUAAAUCUGAACUUCCUCUUCCGUCAACCCGAAGAACAUGCUUACAGAGUUAAAAGGAAGAAGCAAAUUGAGACUACUGCUCAAGUGAUUAUAAAGAACGUGGAAGGUACAUUACGCGUGUCUCUCUGAGAAAUAUGAAAGGUGAAAGCGGUUAUGUGCCACCUUCUUAUAUUCCUCUGGGACAGUCAGACUCUGUAGCGGAGGCUGCUUCACAGACAGAUUUCGUAGUAGAGGUUUCUCCACGCAAUGAUGACAUCCCUGUUGGUCAUCACAGAAGCAAUGUCCCAGCUCCAUGGUCUUCUGGAAUCUGUGCUUGUUGCGAUGAUAUGCAGAGCUGUUGUGUAGGUCUUGUUUGCCCCUGUUUUCUUUUUGGAAAGAAUGCAGAGUUUUUGGGGUCCGGAACUUUGAUAGGAUCAUGCAUGACCCAUUUUAUUUUGUGGGCGCUUAUGAAUAUGCUUUGCUGCUUGUUGACUGAUGGUGUUCUUUUUGGGUUACCCGGAUGCUUUGUGGCAUGUUAUGCAUGUGGCUAUCGCAGGACACUACGAGCAAAGUAUGAUCUGCAGGAAGCACCGUGCAGAGACUUUGUUACUCAUUUUUUCUGCCAUCUGUGUGCCAUUUGCCAAGAAUACAGGGAAAUCCGUGAAAGGUCCAGCAAUUCCAGCCCACCUGAUCUGAAUCUAAUGGCACUCACAGCCCCUCCAGUCCAGACAAUGGAACCAGCUUCUAAAGGAUAGUGCUCUUUCUUUUAUUGCAUAUUAUUCUUUUACCUUACCACGUAGCAGUGGCUUUAUUAUAUAUUGAUCCCGCUUUCCCAUCCCUAUUCAGAUUAUAUUACUUGAGCCUCUGUGUUCUUUUACGUUUAUGUUUUGUCUUCCAAGUUGUUGCGGGAUCAUGAGGUUGCUUGCCAUGGUUUGUGAUUUUGUUAGGAGUGACUUUUUCCUGUAUAAAUUAUGUGAUGACUUACUGGGAUGAUAUUGAAAACCACGGUAUAUUUUUGGUAUGAUGACAAUUGAGGAUGAUGUUUGGUCGACACAA